CCAAGGGGUACCGUGAAAAAAAGGAGUACGGCUAAACCCUCGCGAGUCCCCACUCUUCCUCUCCCCGUUCUGCAUCACCAUGUUCGCCGCCAUCUGCCGCCGCCGGCUCGCCGCCCUAUUCCCCCAAAUCCGCGGUGGCGGCGGCGGCGCAUAUCAUGUCCAGUCCAACCCCCAGGCCGCCCUCCUCUUCCACAGCUACUCCUCAACCGCCGUCACCGGCGGCUCCGACCCCGAGCCAUGCCCCGACACCGUCUCUUACCUGGUCUCCUGCGGCCUCCCCCCGGCCGUUGCCCGUCACACGGCCGCCAACACCCGCGGCCUCCGGAUCCGAUCCACCGAGAAGGCGGACGCCGUCCGCACCCUCCUCCGCAGCUACGGCUUCUCCGACGCGGACGUCGCCCGGAUUGCCCGCAGCGCCCCGCUGCUCCUCACCGUCGAUCCCGACCGCAUCAUCCGCCCCAAGCUCGAGUUCUUCGCCACGAUGGGGUUCCAGCCCAGCAAGCUGUCCACCGCGCCGCUCCUCCUCGCGCGCAGCCUCGAGAAGCACCUCGUCCCCACCAUCCAGUUCCUCCGCAGCAUCAUCGGCAGCGACGACGGGAUCCGCCGCGGGUUCUCCCGCAUCCCUCGCGCACUCCUGGUCAGCCUGGACAACUGCAUGCGCCCCGCGGUGGAAGCCCUCCACAGGCACGGCCUCACCGGCCGCGAGGACGUGUCCAAAGUCCUCGUCCUCCAGAUGGGCGUGCUCAUGCUGUCGCCGGUCCGCAUCGGCGAAAUCUUCGAGGAUCUCAAGGCUAUGGGUAUGUCCAUCACGGACGGCCGCUUUGCCAACUCGUUCCGCGCGAUGUGCAGCAUGAGGAGGGCGACCUGGCUGCGGAAGGUGGCGCUGUACCGGAGCUUUGGCUUGUCCGAGAGUGAGGUGUUCGAGGCCUUCAAGAAGCAGCCCACGGCACUGCUUGGCGCUGACGAGACCAUAAAAAAGAAUGCGUCGUUCUUCCGCGACGCGCUAAAGCUUGAAAUGCGCGAGGUAAUGGUGCAUCCUGUUGUUAUGGCAUAUAGCUUUGAGAAGACCAUCCUGCCAAGGUGUGCCGUGUUGAGCGUGUUGAUGAGAGAGGGGAAGAUUAAUCCAGAUAUCCAGUUGCUUCAUGCAUUGCUUGGCAGUGCCAAGACAUUCUCAGGGAGGUAUGUAGAUAGGUUUGCUGCUGAUGUGCCAGACGUUGUUGAAGCAUAUGAGGGUAAGAUCAAAUUCAAAGGAUUCAAGGGUCAGGGUCAGGGUGUUUAAGUCCACGGAAGCCAAAAGGCUAUUCUUCUGGAGCAAAAUCACUUCAGGUUGGGUUGUCUGUUUUUCUUUUAGAGCCAUUGAGAUCAAGGCAUAUGAUUCUAAAUUCUAACGCUGUUUCAUGGAGCAGCAUUACUCUGUUGUUGGACCAUGGUUACUUAGUAUCAUAUAUUUGUAGUUUAGCAGUUUCCAUUUUGAAGUAUUCUGGUCUUGGGAAACCUAGAUACAUGACGUCGUAGUGAUACCUUUAAGGCCAAUUCCUCUAUCAUUUUCUGAUUUCAAACAAUCUCGUAAAUUAACUUAAUUUGUGAUUUUCAAACAGUUCUUUCUUCAA